AUGACCUACUACUCUUCCGUUUUUCUGUUUAUAACAUCACUUCUUUCGACUUUUGGACUUUCAAUUCCGCCUACCACAUUUCCAAAUUGCCCAAAAGGAUGGAGCCAUGAUGAACCUGGACGAACAUGUUACCAUUUGGCACGUAGAAGAAUGAAACUUCCAGAAGCGCACGCCUACUGCCAUAAACUAAUUCCAGAUGGUUCUGCACAUGUAUUACGAGUAGAAUGUGGAGGUGAAAAUGACUAUAUAAGUGGUCUAGUCAAAGGGCAUUCCGAUAAAGUUUGGAUUGAUGCAAGAGCGCGAUUUGAUAUUGUUGAUGGUUCUGCUGGCCUUUUUGGACCUGGAUUUGUCUACAGGUGGCCAAACGGGAAGAUAGUGAGAUAUCAAAAUUGGGCGGAUGGAAAUGGUCUCGAUGAAAUCGGAACGUCGAAUAAAUGUGUGACAAUAAAGAGUGAUGGACAAUGGGUGAAUGCGAAUUGCACAACAACCGCUGCCGUUAUUUGUGAGAAGAAGCUACACAGACCCUACUCGAAGUUCUGCCCUAAACAUUGGGUUUAUAAUAAAGAAACCCAGUCUUGCUAUCGAACAAUUUCAAAAACAAAUAUGACGAUUUUGGAGGCUGAUAACAAAUGCUUCGACUACGGGUUCGAACAUCGUCAAGAUGCAAUGCUCACAAGUAUUGGAAGUGAGAGUGAAAAUCAAUUCGUAAUGAAUCUGGCAAAAGAAAAAGACGCCAACUUUGAAUUUAUCUAUCUUGGGGGCUAUGGAAGAUCUAGAAAUGGAAAUAAGUGGCAUUGGAUGGAUGGAUCAGAAUUCAAUUAUUUGAAUUGGGAUCGUGGAAUGCCGUUCGGAAGAAGAGCUUUGGCAGUUCUUGUGAUGAACAAAAGAGGCAAGUGGAUCAAUCAUUAUGCUGAUAAAAUUUUAUCACAGUACAAUGCUGUUGCUGUUUGCAAGUUCAAAAGUUGA